GUGUGGAAGCCUUCGGCCUAGUAUGGCUUCCAAAGCUGACAGGCAUCCUCCCUCUACAGAAGAAAACACAUCCUGGAAAACAAAACAGACAAAAUGCAAAACAUGGGGUUAAUGCCCAAUCCACCGGCUGAAUACCAUCUCUGGAAGUAACCCAAAGGAAACGUGACCUCAUUGGGUUUAAAUGCCAUCCACCAGGGCUUCCUCAUUCACUCAGGAUCCAAAUCGGUUGUCUGCGAUUUGCCACGGGAAUUAUUUUACUCCCUUGCGUUUCUGCUGACUCAAUCAUUCCCCUGUAGAACUGUAUCAGCAGCUCUUUGGGCAGUUUGAGCUUCCUUCGUUGGCACAGAAAGAACAUUCUCUGUUGUGCUUUUCUGAUGACGUUUUUGAUGUUAGGUGUCCCUUUUAGGUCUUGAGAUAUGAUAGAACCUAGAAACCCUUAUCCAUAAACAAAAAGCUCUCCUCCUGUGGCUGGUUUUGCAGAACAUUGCUAACCCCUUACGUGGUUUGUGGCUUUGCGCAGCGUGUGAAUCCAGCCAAUGGGAUCAAUCAACCAUGGUUAACCAAACCACACCUUGGCACAGCGAGCAGUUCCAGGCAUUGGAAGAAAUCCACCUGGAGAGUCACGAGCCCACAAUGUGAGCUCCAUGAAUAGAUUUAAGUUCUGCCUCCGCUAACUGUUUCCAAAGUCACUCCUGUGGCUUCAUAGAUAAGAAGGCGCUUAAUCUACAGUGGUUGCUGGGGGGGAAAUGAUAUUUCUGCAGGACUUCUUUUCUGAGAAGAUCUGCUCUAGCAAUAGCUUCAUGUUGAAACUAGCAAUACAUAUAAAUAGUUAUCUUCACUCUCCGACAUGAAGUUUAUUCAAUUGCCCUGAGCAGCGGAAAGCUUAAUUUUACAAGGGUCACCUUCAUUAGAGCACAAAAUGAUGAAACUCUAAUCCUUUAGUAAAACCUUAGUAAAAGACUUUUGGUUUUGUAUCAGUGGUGAAAUCCGAACAGGAAGCCUUCAUCUUGCUUGCAAAUAAUCAUAUUAAGGAUUCUAACUAACAGCAAGAAUGAGUUCUUACGCUGAAAGAGCACCUGUCAUUUCAGAUCCAUCAUGGCAGUGCUUGUUAGUGGGCCUCCACUCACCUGUUGCCCACCACGUCCCUCACCUUGUUGCCUCACUGCCGCAUCACCAGCCCUCCCAUUAAAGUGAAUGGGAGGAUCGAUGUUCUGUCCUCCUUCGCCUCCAUCCGAGUGAUGGCUUAAUUAGCUGGCACUAUCAGCUCUGGUAGCAGAAUAGCGAACAUCUGCCAAGUUCUCUGAUAUCUCCCUCAACGCUGGUGAGUCACUUCAGCUCUCAGUUAAUCAGUUGAUUUGCCAGCUACGAAGAGACGCAGCAGUGCUCACUGCCUUUAUAUCCUGUGGGGUGUGGCUUCAUGACUCAGCACUUCCUACGCCUGCCCCACCCCUGCUUCUGUUGUUCAUUCCUGCCUAUGAAACCAAGCCUGAUUGCCACGCCUGGGUCUGCAGGCGUGGCCUGGGGAGGAAGAGUCAGGGGACGGAGGCCUCGUUAUCUCUUCCACCUGGCCUGCUUCUGGCUCCUGGAGCUCAGCCAGGGGAGCCGGUGCUCCCGAGGGUCUAGAUAUUCCGUGGAAGAAAGUCAAACUGACGACGUGUACCAUACAGAAGCUUCCAGUGUCCCUGCUCCAGAUUAUCAAGUUCCUCGGUGGUGUCAUCCGCUAAUCAUUUACAAUGGGGAGGCUACCUGCUAUUCACCCCGUGGAGGAAAUUACCGCAGCAGCCUGGGGACACGCUGUGCGCUCUCCUGCAACCGUGGGUAUCGCCUGGUUGGCCCGAGGUCUGUGCAAUGCUUAUUGAACCGCCACUGGUCUGGGAUUAUCUAUUGUAGACAGAUUCGAUGUCACACAUUGCCAGCACUUCAGCAUGGGUCGUACCAGUGCUCCAAUGGGGUGAAGGUUGAUUCUCACUGUCACUACAGCUGCCAACUCGGGUAUCAUCUAGAAGGUGACCGCAGCCGUGUGUGCAUGGAAGAAGGGCGCUGGAGCGGUAGCGUGCCAAUUUGUGUAGACAUAGAACCUCCUCAAAUCCGGUGUCCGGAUUCUCGAGAGCGAAUCGCAGAGCCUGGCAAACUAACCGCCACUGUCUACUGGGAUCCGCCCCGCGCAAAGGAUUCUGCCGACGGCAUCAUCAAAAAACUGAAACGCCGGGGCCCAGAACCAGGAUCCGAGUUUUCAGAAGGAGAACAUCUUAUACGCUAUGCUGUCUAUGACAGGGCGCACAAUCGGGCCACCUGCAAAUUUUUGCUGAGGGUUCGAGUGAGUCGCUGUCCUAUCUUGAAGGCGCCCGAACAUGGUUAUCUCAGCUGCACUUCGGCAGGGAACAAUUAUGGUGCCGUCUGCGAAUACCAGUGCGACGGAGGCUACGAGCUAGAGGGUGCCCGUUCACGGGUCUGCCAGUCCAGCCGCCAAUGGACUGGUUCUCAGCCCAGGUGUACCCCCAUGCAAAUCAACGUGGAGGUCAACUCUGUCACAGGCCUUUUGGAUCAGUUUUAUGAAAAGCGCCGGUUGCUGGUCGUCUCGGCUCCCGACUCCUCAGACCGCUACUAUAAGAUGCAGAAUGCCAUGUUGCAACAAGCAACUUGUGGGUUGGACAUGCGUCACAUGUCUGUGAUUGAACUGGUGGGUUUACCGCCUCGUGAUGUGGGGCGUAUCCGCGAGCUCCAACUCUCCCAAAAGAUAGUGGAAGAACUGAGGCAGCUGCUGCACCUCAGUCAUUCUCGCUUCAACGUAGUGUUGAUUGACAAAGACGGCGUAGACCGUGACCGCUACAUCCAGCCGGUGACGCCCGAUGAGCUGUUCGCCUUCGUGGAUAUGUACCUGCUGAGCCCCCAGGAACAGUUACAGCAAGCACAAAACAGGGACAUGUGCGAGUGAGGAGGAACUGCCUGGUUGCCGUCGGCCACCGGCGUCAACCCAAGGGUCUCGUUUCACAUUAGCCGAGGUGGUUAGUAGGGGUGAAACCCGAAAAGCAACAGUUGGAUUUCAGUCAAGGUGGCGGCAGAAGAAGUUUGUUUUGCCGAUCCUGUAAGCAGGAAAGCCGAGCGUUCUCAUGGCCUGGUUAAUAUCUAUCAAUCUUGGAGGCACUAUUCCAAAGGAGAUGCUUCCACAAAUGUACAUUUUUUCCCCCAUAAAGAGCACUUAAGACUCUUUUUGCCUGGAUCAGAAAUCUCUUCCCCUUAUAAAGCAGGAAAUUGAUGGGCGGAAGUUGAUGGGUUUGGUCUCCAGUUCCCAUCAAUCUCAACCCAGCAUGACUAAGGAUUUCCAGACUUGUGGUUUCACAUCUAGAGCACUUCAGCGCAAGACCAGCUCUAGCAAAGAUAUCGUUGAGAUGACUGGUGAAGAACAAGAUCUUCUGAAUUGUCCUUUCUGUUCUCUUCUUAGCUCGGCUCUUCUUUGGGGACAUGCUCAAAAGAUAGGGCUCACCAAAAAUUACGUUAAGCUUAAUUACAAACUCCCAGACUACCAUGUUUUCACCUACCAUCCUGGUCAAAUAAAAGCCAACAUUCCUGAGUUUUGGGUUCUCCAAUCAGAGAUGAACCAAGACUAAAAUCCCAGGGCUUCCAGCUUCUUUCCGUCCUUCCAAGGUGGGUAAAAUGAGGACCCAAAUUGUUGGGGGCAAUUUGCUGACUCUGUAAACCGCUUAGAAAGGGCUGUAAAGCACUGUGAAGCGGUAUAUAAGUGCUCUUGCUAUUAAGAGCCCUGGUGGUGCAGUAGUUAAAAUGCAGUAUUGCAGGCAAACUGCCCUUGGUCUGGCAUUUGAUCCUAAUGUGGCUCAAGAUUAACUCAGCCUUCCAUCCUUCCGAAGUGGGUAAAAUGAGGACCCAGAGUGUUUGGGGGCAAUAUGCUGACAAUGUAAACCAUUUAAAGAGGGAUGUAAAGCACUGUGAAGCGGUACAUAAGUCUAAGGGCUAUUGCUAUUCUUAAAAUAGUCAAGCACAUUAUUUUUAAAAAAGGUUUUGCAACUUGGAUAUGAGGUCAGAGAAAGAGACCUUCAAAGAGAAGAAGUGGAAAGCAGAGAAGCAAAUCUAUAGAAAAGGUAAAGGUUCCCCUCCCACAUAUGUGCUAGUCGUUCCUGACUCUAGGGGGCAGUGCUCAUCUCUGUUUCAAAGCCGAAGAGCCGGCAUGACUCAACGCCAAAGGCGCACGGAACGCUGUUACCUUACCACCAAAGGUGGUCCCUAUUUUUUCUACUUGCAUUUUUUACGUGCUUUCGAAACUGCUAGGUUGGCAGAAGCUGGGACAAGUAACGGGAGCUCACCCCAUUACACGGCACUAGGGAUUCAAACCGCUGAACUGCCGACCUUCCGAUCGACAAGCUCAGUGCCUUAGCCACUGAGCCACCGCGUGCCAACUAUAUACAGGUGCCUAUUUUGCUAUGAGAACAUCAAGGCUACAGACAGAAGAAACCCAAUGCAAAAGGGAGGCUCCUUGUACCUUUCCAGCAUGCUUCUUCCUAGCGGCACCAACAGCAUAGCAUGGACUCCCCAGAGAUCAGACAGACCUCCUCCCCCUCCCCUGGUAAUUUUUAGGAAGUUAUGAAAAACGAGAGCUUUCGUAAAAGCACAUUUCAAUAACUUCACCUGUGCCUCUUCUUAUUUAUUUCUCAUCGCUUGGGGGAUUUGGCUUGUAUGCAGGGGAUUUCAAAUUUUUUUAUUACCGGUUCUGUGGGUGUGGCUUGGUGGGUGUGGCUUGGAGGACGUGGCAGGGGAAGGACACUGUAAAAUCUCCAUUCCCACCCCACUCCAGGGAAAGGAUACUGUAAAAUCUCCAUUCCCUCCCCAAUCCAGGGGAAAGUUACUGCAAAAUCCCCAUUUCCUGCCGAUCAGCUGGGACUUGGGAGGCAGAGAAUAGAUGGGGGUGGGGCCAGUCAGAAUUUUUACUACCGGUUCUGUCGGUGUGGCAUGGCUUGGUGGGCGUGGCUUGGUGGGCAUGGCAGGGGAAGGAUACUGUAAACUCUCCAUUCCCUCCCCACUCCAGGGGAAGGUUACUGCAAAAUCCCCAUUUCCUCCUGAUCAACUGGGACUCAGGAGGCAGAGAAUAGAUGGCGGUUGGGGCCAGUCAGAAUUUUUACUACCGGUUCUCCAAACUGCUCAAAAUUUCCACUACCGGUUCUCCAGAACUGGUCAGAACCUGCUGAAACCCACCUCUGCUUGUAGGCUGUUUUAAUUGGGUUGUCUUUAUUACGACGGUGCAACUGCUGUGCAUCGCAAGACGGAAGCAGGUUAAAAAUCAAAUAAAAGCCCAUUCAUUUGUAAGAAUGCUAGCUUUUAAGCGGGCUGGGAGCCCCAGUGGUGCAGUGGCUCACGUGCAAUAUGGCAGCCAAACUUUGCCAACAGCCUGGAGUUCGAUCCUGACCAACUCAAGGUUGACUCAGCCUUCCGUCCUUCCGAGGUUGGUAAAAUGAGGACCCAGAUUGUUUGGGACCAAUAUGCCGACUCUAUAAACUGCUUAGAGAGGGCUGUAAAGCACUGUGAAGC